AGAGUGCAACAACGGAGGAGCAAAACUAGAAAAUACCACAAGAGAUGAAAGAAAAAAAAGCUCUCCGAAUGGGACACCUCAAAACCAUGCAACAAAUCAGAGCCGGUGAUCCCCUUUUUGGUAAAGUGAACUGCAAUCACAUUAGCCUCUCUUAGCACCUUGUUACUCUGGUGCAAAAGGUCGUCAAUGAUAUUCAAGCUCUUCCAUAGCUUCCAUGGUUUGGCAGCAGUGAUACGGACCCAUGAAACGGCAGCGAAAGCGUCGGAUUCAACAAUGAGAGGAACUUAUAGAAACCAUGGAGAAGGAGAAUCCACAAAUCAAUUUGUCAUCCCGGAGAAACACCACCGACAACCAGCACACCCUGUCUUCCCUUUCUUAGAACCAUCAACAUUAAAAUGCCAAGAAUCACAAGGGACCGACCAAGAAGCAUUCCCUCUAAUCCAGAAGAAAAAUCCCACCAUAAAAAUCAGGAAUUUUGAGCUCAUCAAAGCAAAAUCCAGUGCAGUGAGCAAAGAAUGCAAAGACACCCCUUCACCGACAGAACAAACCUUAUUUCUAGUAGAUUAAUACCAAUUCAAUUCUCGCAAGCCGUACGGUCGAGACGAUGGCGACACAAACAAUAAACUAUAUUAGUCAAAGAUGGCUUAUGCAUCCUGCCAUUGCACCAAAUUAAGAUUCUUACUAUAUGUUAUGAAUUGGAUUAUCAUUGACUUUGAAAUUUCAACUCAUUCUCAAACUUCAGUCCUAUUCACACUGCAGAACAUAUUAAGAAAGUUUAAUACAAUGCAUAAGUGUUUCCAUAUGUUUUCAUAUAGCUUCUCUCGGGCGUAUAGAGUUCUCUUCAAAUAAAUAAAAUAUCCCCUAUGAGGCAUCGUUUUUGUUCUCUGCUAAGCUUAUUCGCUUCCAAGAAAAAAUCUCCUCAAUUAGAACUUCCGGAGGAUAUAUGCCGUUAAUUUUCACUAGCCCAGAUCAAAGCCGCGACCAACAACUUCCAUCCAGACUCCAUUAUUGGUACAAGUUACUUCGGGAGUAUUGUUUAUAAAGGGACAAUGGACGAUGGAACCAUUGUUGCUGUGAGACGCUGCGGAGGCAGUUCAGGAGGAGGAGUAAGUGAGUUACAACUAAAUGAGGUAAAGUUGCUUUGCCAGCUGCGCCACCCGCAUCUCGUCUCUCUUAUCGGGUUCUGCCUUUCAGAAAAGGAGAUGUUCGUUGUGUUAGAGUACAUGAGCAGAGGGUCACUCGCUCAUGUUCUCUACGGGAAGGAUCAUGUUCCACUGGCUUGGAAACAUAGGCUACACAUAUGUAUCGGUGCAGCACGUGGAUUACAUUACCUUCACACUGGAGCGAAGCGUGCUGUAAUCCACCAUAACAUCAAGAGCUCAAACAUAUUUUUAGAUGAAGAAUGGUGUUCUAAACUUUCAGAUUUUGGAUUGUCCAAACUGCUUCCUCUUAGCACGUCAAAAGCCUUGACAAGAAUCGACACAGAUCAUGCGGUGGGAACUAGUGGAUAUAUGGCCCCAGAGCAUCGCGUGCGUUUACUGAAAGAAAAAUCCGAUGUCUUCUCAUUUGGGAUUGUUUUGUACGAAGUUCUUUUUGGCAGACCACAAUAUGAUAGCACACUGCCUGAGGAGAAAUAAUAUCUGCUUGAUUGGGCCAUGGAAUCCCUAAGCCAAGGAACCAUUUAUCAUGCCAUUGACCAAUACCUCAAGGGAAGGAUAGCUCCAGAAUGUUUGAACAAGUAUUUGGAAAUCGCUUCUAGUUGUGUCCACCUUAAAGGAAAUUUAAGACCAGCAAUGGGCGAGGUGGAGGUCACACUAGAGCUUGCCUUGGAGCUGCAAGAGAGAGCAGAUUCCGAAAUGGAGAGCAUCUAUCCUUACGGUGAAUGUAUAUAUGAAGAAGCAUUGUUUUCUGGCUUUGUUUGGAAAUUUUUGGGUCUUGAUAGCCAUAAUUUUUCUGAAUUCACUUAUGACUCAUCAGAUUCUGAGAGCAAUAAUUGCAACAAUAAUAGUUAAAUGCUUUGUCAUAUAGCAGUAUCUGUUCGGGGAAAAAAAAUGAAAGUCUGUGUUACAAAAAAAAUUUCAGGCUCUUUUUGGAUUGCAUGAAUUAAUGUGUGUGCUCUACAAAAGCAGCGAUAUGAGGUCAAUCCCUGCAGCCAUAGGUUAGACAUGUUGGCGGAAACUAUUGCAGAUUAGACAUGUUGCUCGUCAAGUGGUUAGUAGUGAUGGUUCUUGGCCUAUUCCAGGAACUAAAUAUUCAGUGGCAGAAGUUUGGAGUAUGUUAAGACCGGAGAAGGGAGAAGGUUCCAUGGCUUAGACUGGUGUGGUUCAAGUUUUAUAUUCCCAAACAGACAUUCAUUUGUUUAUUGGUUGGCCAUUGCCACUAGGGACAGAUUAAUCUCAUGGGGGUAUAACUCAAGAAGAUGAGUGUGUGCUUUGUAGGAAAGAGAAGGAAACUAGGGACCACAUCUUCUUUAGUUGCUGCAUAUCUUGGAUUUAUGUAAAAUCCAAAGGACAGCUGUUGUUUGGGUUGAAGAGUCACUAUGGGCUGCUACUUAAAAAAAAAAGAGUCCUUGAUCACAAAUAUUUUACACAUUGCUUUGAAUGCUUUGAUUUUUUAUUUUUUUUAUUUUAAUUUUUGUAUGGAAGGAGCAAAACUAGAGGGUUUUUGCACAUGUGGAAUCUACUGAGUCCCAGCAUUCUUGAACUAAUUCAAAAUGUGGCGGUGUUAUGGGUGCA